UUCCUUCCCCCUUUUGCUGUCUACACCAAAGAUUUCAUCUUUCCUCUGCCGCCCCUUUCAAAACUCUCUCUUUUCCCUCCACCACUUUGAGCUCUCUCACCGCCUCUCUCUCUCUCUCUCUCUCUUUCUCUUUCUCUUCUUUCAUUUUCCCACUGUGAUUUCCUGCGCCAGCCUUCUGCACUUCUUCUCUUUCUCUUGUUUGUGCUCAGCCUUUGCCGUGGAGAAGGGAGGGGUAUAUUCGGACAUGGGCAAGUACAUAAGGAAGGCCAAGGUCUCCGGCGAGGUGGCGGUCAUGGAGGUUUCCCAUCAGUCUUCCCUCGGCGUCCGCACACGCGCGCGGACCAUGGCCGCCGCCGCCGCCCAGGACUCCUCCCGCGGCUACCUCGAGCUCCGGAGCCGUCGCCUUGAGAAGCCCCUCCCGCCGCCUUCGGUAUGCAAGCCGUCCAAGGACACCCCGAGGCCCGACCCUAACCCUAACUCCGAACCCAACCCUAGAGUGAGCUCCCAGAAGUCUAGCUCUAGUUCGAUAGCUUAUUCGGGGCCGUUGGGGUCCGUCUCGACGAUGAGAUGCUCGGCGGCGGAUGCGGAGGUGUCGUUCGGGGAGAAUAUUCUCGAGGCCGAUGUGCUGGACAGGUUCUCUAGGGAGACCACACCUUGCAGUCUGAUCAGGGAUCCAGAAGCAAUACAGACUCCAGGUUCUACAAACAGGCCUGCCAGAUCUAUGGCCACUAGCCUGAGGCCGCAAAGUGUUUGUCAUAACAUUCCUACUGCUCAGGAGUUGGAAGAGUUUUUUGCAGGGGCAGAGCAACUCCAGCAACGAAUAUUUAUAGAAAGGUACAACUUUGAUCCUGUAAAUGACUGCCCACUUCCUGGUCGAUAUGAAUGGGUGAAAGUUGACUUCUAGAUAGCAGAUCUUUAGCUGGGUGUGGCUCCUUUCCUGCAUCUUCUCCCAUACCCUCUGCCCAGAAUUUUCAAAGGAGGGCAGGGCUUCAAAACAAUCACUAUCAGUUUUCUUCUGUUGUAAAAGUUCAAAGGUCCUAA